CUUAUAAUUUCACGUGACUAGUGUGUGAGUAACCCAACAAAAAAAGAUUCCAAUUGAGUUCACUGAAUUCAGAUACCAAUCCUUCAUGGCUGCGAUGCAAGUGCUACGCAAGAGAUCCAAGUCCCUCGCAUCCUACACUCGCACCUUUUCUUCUUUCGGAACCUCCGCCACUGCCUCCCACAAAGUCGUUACGCCGCCGUCGCUUCCGCCGUUCGAUCACCAGCCUCAACCGUAUAAAGGACCAUCGGCCGAUGAGGUCUUCGCCAAGAGGAAAAAGUUCCUGGGUCCUUCCUUAUUCCACUACUAUCAGAAACCUCUCAAUAUUGUGGAGGGCAAGAUGCAAUAUCUUUUUGAUGAGAGUGGGAGGCGUUAUCUUGAUGCUUUUGCCGGGAUAGUUACUGUCUCUUGCGGACAUUGUCAUCCUGAAGUUUUGAAUGCUGUGAUGGAGCAGAGUAAACUUCUGCAGCAUGCUACAACCAUAUAUCUACAUCAUACAAUAGGUGAUUUUGCUGAGGGACUGGCAUCAAAAAUGCCUGGAAACCUCAAGGUUGUUUAUUUUGUAAAUUCUGGAUCAGAAGCAAAUGAAUUAGCAAUGCUGAUGGCCCGUCUAUAUACUGGUAAUCUUGGCAUGAUUUCUUUGAGGAAUGCAUAUCAUGGGGGGAGUUCGAGUACAAUGGCUCUGACCGCUCUGAACACUUGGAAAUACCCAAUACCAGAGGGCGAAAUUCAUCACGUUGUGAAUCCAGAUCCAUACCGUGGAAUCUUUGGCGCAGAUGCUAAUAGUUAUGCCAAAGAUGUCCAAGACCAUAUUGACUAUGGAACUUCAGGAAAAGUUGCUGGAUUUAUAGCGGAAACAAUUCAGGGAGUUGGAGGAGCGGUUGAACUGGCACCUGGGUACUUGAAACUUGUCUAUGACAUUGUACACAAGGCUGGUGGUGUUUGCAUUGCUGAUGAAGUGCAAACUGGGUUUGGCCGCACAGGAAGCCAUUAUUGGGGAUUUGAGACACAGGGUGUCAUUCCUGAUAUAGUAACCAUGGCAAAGGGUAUUGGCAACGGUCUGCCAUUAGGAGCUGUAGUUACAACUCCAGAAAUUGCGAGUGUGCUGGCCCAGAAGAUUCAAUUUAAUACCUUUGGCGGUAACCCUGUAUGUUCUGCUGGAGGACUUGCAGUGCUCAGGGUUCUUGAUAAGGAGAAGCGUCAGGCUCAUUGUGCUGAUGUUGGUUCUCACUUGCUUGAGCGUUUGAGAUCGCUUAUGCAAAGACAUGAAAUCAUUGGAGAUGUGAGGGGAAGAGGCUUAAUGGUGGGGGUAGAGUUUGUUACGGAUCAAAAAGAGAAGACACCAGCAAAGGCUGAAACAGCUGUUUUGUUCGAAAAACUUAGAGAGCUUGGUAUUCUAGUUGGGAAAGGAGGACUGCACGGAAAUGUUUUUAGGAUUAAGCCACCAAUGUGUUUCACCAAAGAUGAUGCAGAAUUUUUUGUGGAUGCCUUGGACUAUGCUAUAUCAAAGUUGUGAGAUGAUUAUGCAUCCCUCUUGCAUGGAAAUGAUAUCCUUGAUAAUGGAACCAAAUUGCCACAAGGCAGCACAACUGACAAGUUUUUAAAUUUCAGAUGUCACUAUGAAUAAUGUAAUGCUCACCCCGAUGCUAAGAGGGGGUUCUUCUCUUGGACAUUAUUGUAUAUAAU